AUGUACGGUGUAUACCCUCAUCCGUUCCUGUUCCCCUCGCCGACGCUGCCCAGUUGCAUUGACUCCUCCCAGGUCGGGACAAUCACGCUUAUAGCAUUGACUGGCCUUCUGAUCUUCAUGUUCUUCCUGCUGGUUGCCACUGCUAAUGCAAUCAUCGUCUCAGUCCUGAUGUCACUGGCUGCUGCCGGAGGAUUCUUGGCCAUCUUCUUUGCUUGCUUAGUUGCAGUGUAUAUUGAGCAGUAUCAGUUGGUUAUCUUUGCCAUUUCAAGACUGUCAUCUCAGCAGUUGUUGGAGUUAUGA